GCGCGCGGAGGUCGUGGUGGUGGCGGUGGUGGCGGCGGGUGGGGGGCCCGGCGGCACCAUGGAGGGCGGUGGCAACUCCAAGGGCACCGGCCUCAGCGGCCUCUUCGGCGGCGGCGGCGGCGGCGUGGGGUACUCGCACGCCGACCUGGCCGGGGUGCCACUAACGGGAAUGAGUCCUUUGUCCCCAUAUCUGAACUUGGACCCCCGCUAUCUGGUACAGGAUACAGAUGAGUUUAUCUUGCCCACAGGAGCCAACAAAACUCGAGGCAGAUUUGAGCUGGCCUUUUUUACCAUUGGAGGAUGUUGUAUGACAGGGGCUGCGUUUGGUGCACUGAACGGUUUGCGACUUGGCUUGAAGGAGACACAGAAUAUGGCGUGGUCAAAACCUAGAAAUGUACAAAUUCUAAAUAUGGUGACAAGGCAAGGAGCAUUAUGGGCUAACACUCUGGGAUCUCUGGCUUUGCUUUACAGUGCGUUUGGAGUCAUCAUUGAAAAAACACGAGGCGCAGAAGAUGACCUGAACACCAUAGCUGCUGGAACCUUGACAGGAAUGCUAUACAAAAGCACUGGUGGAUUGCGUGGGGUAGCACGAGGUGGUGUUGCAGGUCUGACGCUUACUGGCCUCUACGCACUCUACAACAACUGGGAGCACCUGAAGGGCUCCAUGGCCCGGCAGUCCCUCUGAGCAGGGCAGCCAGCGCUGGGCAGAGGACACGCUUGCAUAGUCACCAACCAAAUCAGUUGCGGGAUCUGUCUGGUGCCCUUUCCUAUUUUAUUUACAAUUAGUGUGAAACCGAAGGAAGGUAUGCUGGGAGGAACCUCCUGACACCGCGUAGCUGGACUGGCCCUUUCCUUCCUGCCAGCCAGUCGCUGGAGAGGCAGCAAUAUUUGCUGGACCUGCAAGCGAGCAGAGCGGCCGCCGAGAUAGUCUCCCUGACACGCUCGCCACCUGCCCUGGGCCAGAGCUACGAGGCAUGCUCAAGUCACAUAGCUGUACCUGCUGCGCUGCCAGGCUUGUUCGGUUGUGUAAACUACAAUAGCGCUGCGUAAUAAAGUGUGUCCAUAGAGCUAUUCGCUGCAGUCUUUCAACAUGCACCACCCGGGCAGCUGGAGCCUUACGUAGCUACAGGGCAAGGCUUAUUAUUCUGGCAGCGCAGGGUAAGCUGUAAAAAGGGACAUAAUUAAUAAAAAGGGCGGUACUUACGCAA